AAACCUUUUUUUUCUUUUAGAAUUUAACAAGUGUUAUGAGGAUGUCUUCAAUUUUAAGGAGGGAAGCAUACUCGAAAUAAAAAAUAAAAAAACGGUCAAUUAAUUCGAAAUUUCAAAUUUUGAAGCAAUAAAAGGAAGGACACGAAAAGUUACCGCAAAAAUCAGAAACAGAGCUGCUCUGCUCCCUCGCACGCUCCAAGAAUCUCUCGAUUCCCUCUCUCAUGGAAGAGACACAGUCCACCAACUCCCACCACGAAUUCCCAGAAACCCCAAUCCCUUGCAGUGUUCUUGGCCCCGAAAAACACCCCAAGCAGCUCGACUAUGGCGAUGACAAUGACGACGACGAUUCGACCCUCUCGGCUCUCUGUGUUCCCGGUUCAAGACUGGUCCGGACCGGGUUUGUGCACUCCACAUGCUCAGAUAACCUUGUGUUGUUUGUGAAUGCUGGAGGGGAGGCUCUUAACGAAAAUAGAAAUAUCGGUAUUCAAGUUGAGCCUGACAGAUUUUUCCAAGGAGGGAAUGUUCUAAGAACCGAUGAAACCAUUGACGGAAGUGAUGUACCAUCCAUUUAUCAAUCUGCACGUUUUGGAAAUUUCUCUUACCGGUUUGAGAACCUAUCUCCUGGAGAUUAUUUUGUAGAUCUUCAUUUUGCAGAAAUUGUAUACACAAAUGGUCCGAAAGGAAUGAGAGUUUUUGAUGUCCUCAUGCAGGAAGAGAAGGUUCUAUCAGGAAUUGAUAUCUAUUCUAUUGUUGGAGCUAAUAAGGCACUACAGUUGGUAGAUGUCAGAGUUUCUGUAUGGGAGGAUGAGUCAAUUUCGAUAAGGUUCGUAGGCGUUAAUGGAAGUCCAAUUGUUGGGGGAAUUUGUAUAAAGCGGGCGGCUACGUUACCUGCAUCAAAGGUGGAACAUGGACGUCUUGUAUGUAACAACUGUACUGCUGAAAUAGAAAUUUCAUCUGCUCAGGAAAAAUAUAUAAGGUUGGAAUAUACAGCUAAGUAUGAAAAGAAGAUAGAGGAGCUGGGGACCCAGUGCCAGGUCAAGACAGAUGAAUCCCAUGAAGCUUGGAUGUCACUGACAUCUGCAAACAAACAGUUGCAGAACGUAACCAUGCAACUUGAUAACAAAAUGUAUGAAAGUCAUUGUUUAGAUCAAGCUAGAGAAGAAACUGCAGCGAAAUUGAGAGAUAUUUCUGGUAAAUAUGAGCAUGAUAAGAGGCUGUGGACUGCAGUUGCUGACAAUUUAGAAAGAAAAGUUAAGUCGAUCAAGAAAGAGUAUUCUCAGCUCUAUUCUGAAGUGCACGAAUUCACUGAUGCAAUUCCAGAAUUGAACAAUAUGGUAUCUGCAGUUCAAGCAAUGGUUGCACAGUCUGAUGAUCUUAAGCUUAAGUUCAGUGAGGAGCAGGCAAAGAGGAAGAUACUUUACAACCAAAUUCAGGAGGCAAAAGGGAACAUUAGAGUGUUUUGUCGGUGUCGCCCAUUGAGGAAAGAGGAUCUAUUAGCUGGGCAGGCAACAGUUGUACAAUUUGAUGUGGCUAAAGAUGGAGAGCUUGGGAUACUUACAAGUGGCUCCACUAAGAAGAUAUUCAGAUUUGACCGAAUUUACACACCAAAGGAUGAUCAAGUCGAUGUAUUUGCAGAUGCUUCACCAAUGAUAAUCUCAGUGUUAGACGGCUACAAUGUUUGUAUACUUGCUUAUGGGCAAACGGGGACAGGAAAGACUUUCACAAUGGAAGGUUCUGAUACUAACCGAGGGGUCAAUUAUAGGACCUUGGAACAGUUGUUUAAAAUUGCUGACGAAAGGAAAGAAACUUUCAUAUACAACAUAUCUGUUAGUGUGCUUGAAGUCUACAAUGAGCAAAUCAGGGAUUUGCUAGCAACCUCUCCAACAUCCAAAAGGUUGGAGAUGAGGCAAGCUCCUGAAGGUGUUCAUCACAUACCUGGAAUUGUCGAAGCCAAAGUUGAGGGCAUUAAAGAGGCUUGGAAUGUUCUGCAAGCUGGAAGCAGUGCAAGAGCAGUAGGCUCAAACAAUGUGAAUGAACAUAGCAGCCGAUCUCAUUGCAUACUUUGCAUCAUGGUAAAAGCAAAGAAUUUGAUCAGUGGUGAAUGCACCAUGAGCAAGCUUUGGCUUGUGGACUUGGCUGGCAGUGAGAGGCUAGCAAAAACUGAAGUUCAAGGGGAACGCCUUAAGGAAGCUCAAAACAUCAAUAGAUCUCUUUCAGCUCUUGGGGAUGUUAUUUCUGCUUUAGCAACAAAAAGAAGCCACAUUCCGUACAGGAAUUCCAAGCUCACGCAUCUACUUCAUGACUCCUUGGGGGGUGAUGCUAAAACUCUUAUGUUUGUCCAAAUUAGCCCUUCUGAGCAGGAUCUAAGUGAGACUCUUAGUUCUCUAAACUUUGCAACACGGGUUCGAGGGGUGGAGUUGGGUCCUGCAAGGAAGCAAAUAGAUAUGGGCGAGGUUCAAAAGCUAAGACAAAUGCUUGACAAGCUAAAGCAAGAGUUGAGAUUCAAAGAUGAUGCUUUACAAAAAUUAGAAGAGAACUUUCAGAAUCUAGAAGAUAAAGCAAAAGAGGAGUGUCAACUGUCUAGAAGUCAACAAGAAAGGAUUAAUGAACUUGAAGACCACAUUGCUGUGAAGAUAGAUCUAUGCAGACGACUGGAAAACCAAUUGUUGAAACUUUCAGAGGAAGCAAAUGGAAAGAGUGAAACCUGCUUGAAUCUUCAGAAAAAGGUCAAAGAGCUUGAGGACAAGCUGAAUGAACAGGAACAUGUAGAUUCCAUGAUUCUUCAAAACAAGGUUAAGGAACUUGAGAACAAGUUAAAAGAAAGAACACAAGUGUAUGAGCAUCAUUCGGCUAUAGUUCAGGGGAAGGUUCAAGAACUUGAGAAAAAGCUGAUAAUGGAGGAAAACAACAAAGGAACUCAGUUGCUUCAACAAAAGGUAAAAGAGCUCGAAGAGAAGUUGAGACGGAACGAACAAGGACACGUAAUAUCAACAUUUUCUGCUGAGAAGUCAGGAGCCACCCCCAAGGAAAGAAAAACCUGGUUCAGAUGUGACACUAUCAGCGACAUAGAUCCACUGAGGCUAAGGAGCUUGAGCUACAGCAACCAAAUGACAAACCAGGAGUCUGUCCUACUCAAGGGAACCAACUCCCUUCGUGCAUUAAGGAGAAGAAGGGAGUUGCAAAGCAAAGGGAACGAGAAUCUCAUGUUUCCAGCUACUUUGGUUGAUAGGAAGAUGUUGUCAGCUGAAUCCAGGACAGAAAUGUCGGGUGACCAAAAAGCGUUGGCCAGGAUCACAAGAAGCAUAAAACCAUCAACUUCUGCUCAGAAAGCAGGCCCUAACAACAAAAACUAUAAGGAUCAGGUUCCAGCUGUGAAACAGUCGAGGAUCUGGUUAAGAUAGAGCAAGAGCAUCCUCAACAUGUUACUUGCACAUCAGUUUUCGUCUGUACUUCAUCCACUUUUAUCAUAGAAAAAUUAUUAUAUCCUCCAAAUGUUUUGGACCUUUUGUAUAUGUAUGAGCAGUAAAUAUGAGACUAGAGGAUAUAAGUCUUGAGUAUUAAACAUACUAUUAAGGGCAUGUCUGGGUCAUAAAAGCGUUUUAUGGAAGCUGCACUUUCAGAAAGACCCUUAUUACUGCAAGAGCAGUCCCAA